CCCUUGAAUAAAAGGGCGAGAGGGGUCUGCUAUACGGAACGCUACUACCUCCUCUUCGUCGCAAGGAGGAUCCAAUUGGAGAAGAAAACAAGAGGAAGAAGAGCGAUAGGAUCCGGCUGGUCUUAGAAUUUUUAUCGAGCAUCGUCAUCUUAUUUUCCAGGCAUGAGAAAGCUUCCGGAAGUGAAGGAUGGAGACGCGGCGCAUCCCCUGGUGGCAGUGGCCAUCGACAAGGACAAAGGCAGCCAGAAUGCCUUGAAAUGGGCAGUAGACAACCUUGUCACCAGCGGCGAGACCCUCAUCCUCGUCCAUGUCAACACCAAGAGCCCCCCAGCGGGGAACCAUGAGGAUGGUGCUUGUUUCAAAGAACCCACGGAUCCACAGAUGAAAGAACUUUUCCUUCCCUUCCGUUGUUUCUGCACACGCAAGGAUAUACGUAGUAAGGAUGUGUUGCUUGAAGAGCACGAUGUAGCGAAGGCAAUUGUUGAAUUUGUUUCCCAUGCAGCGAUUGAAAAGUUGGUCGUUGGUUACCCAUCGAAGGGCGGAUUUAUGAGAUUCAAGAGUGCAGAUACUCCCACCAACAUCUCCAAAGGGGCACCCGAUUUCUGCACCGUCUAUGUCAUCUCUAAAGGGAAGGUAUUAUCCAUGCGAAACGCUGUUCGAGCAGCUCCGGCCAUAUCUCCCCUCCAUGCUCAAAUCCAGAGCCCUGCGAGCCUCAAAUCCGACACCGUCACCCAACAACACUGCUCGCUUGGUCCAAGAGCGCUGAGCGAUGCAGCACUGGUGUCUCGCAGCCUGCACCAGGAUGACUCGAUCAAGUCGCCAUUUGCCAGGGGAAUGCGUGGCAUGACCGCAAAGUCGUAUACAGAUUUGUCAUUCCCAGACAGCGACAUAUCAUUCGUGAGCUCGGGUAGGCCCAGCGUCGAUCGCAUGUACCCCCCAAGGUUAUCCAGCGGGUCAGAAGCCCUUGAUCAUCGUAGCUUUGAGAUGGUGACCACACCAAUGAAGUCAGCUGAUUCGUUCUCCACCGGGAAUGAUUUCUCCUCGAUCUCGCAAGGCAGCACGGGAACAUCAUGGUCAUCACAGACGAUGGAAGAUGUGGAAGCAGAGAUGAAGAGGCUGAGGCUAGAACUCAAGCAAACAAUGGACAUGUAUAACACAGCCUGCAGAGAAGCAAUCACAGCGAAACAGAAGGCAAUGGAGCUCCAUCGUUGGAAGACGGAGGAAGAGCAGAGAUUAGCAGAAGCUAAAAUGGCGGAGGAAUCUGCGAUGGCUCUAGUGGAAAGAGAGAGAGCAAAUAGUCGAGCAGCUUUAGAAGCAGCUCGAGCCUCCCAGAGGAUUGCGGAGUUAGAAGCUCAGAAAAGAAUCCAUGCAGAGAUGAAGGCACUCAAGGAGGCCGAGGAGAGGAAGAGAGCCGCAGACAGUAUCCCGCAUGCAGUCGUGAGGUAUCGGCGAUACAUGAUAGAGGACAUCGAAGCAGCCACAGAAUACUUCGCAGAACAUCGUAAGGUUGGUGAGGGAGGUUAUGGCCCUGUAUAUAAAUGUUACCUGGAUCAUACGCCAGUGGCCAUUAAGGUCCUCCGUCCUGAUGCAGCUCAAGGGCGAUCUCAAUUUCAACAAGAGGUUGAAGUACUGAGCUGCAUUCGACAUCCAAACAUGGUUCUGCUUCUAGGUGCCUGCCCAGAGUACGGCUGUCUUGUGUAUGAAUACAUGGCCAACGGGAGCUUGGAUGAUCGCCUGUUCCGGCGGGGAAACACGCCGAUUAUCCCGUGGCAGCACAGGUUCCGCAUCGCUGCAGAGAUCGCAAGGGGCCUCCUCUUCCUCCACCAGACCAAGCCGGAGCCGCUGGUGCACAGAGAUCUCAAGCCCGGAAACAUCCUUCUCGAUCGAAACUAUGUCAGCAAAAUCAGCGACGUCGGGCUCGCACGGCUUGUGCCCCCAUCGGUUGCCGAUACCGUCACCCAGUAUCGCAUGACCUCCACGGCCGGGACAUUCUGCUACAUCGACCCCGAGUACCAGCAAACCGGCAUGCUCGGCGUGAAGUCCGACGUCUACUCUCUCGGGGUCCUCCUGCUGCAGAUCAUCACGGCGAAACCCCCGAUGGGGCUGACGCACCACGUCGGCCGUGCCAUCGAGAAGGGGACCUUUGCUGAUAUACUGGACCCGGCAGUGACGGACUGGCCGGUGGAGGCGGCGCAAUUCUUGGCCGAAAUAGCUCUCAAAUGUGCAGAGCUCAGACGCAAGGAUCGACCAGAUCUUGCCACCGUCGUGUUGCCGGAACUCGAAAGAUUGAGAGAGCUUGGAGAAGAGAAGAUGCAUUACGGUAUGCUGCCGAGCACGCACAGCUCACCCAUGCACAGUCAAGUUUCCAUGCAGGAUGUCAUGAGUGACGCUUCGCUGACACAAUCUGGCUAUUCAACUGGAUCAUCAGUGACUGGAAGAAAAUCAAAUGUGGCAUGAAAAGAUCUAACAGACGGAAUUAAACCCCAAGGUACCUUGGCGAUCCACCUGGAAAUGCAAAAGCCAGAUGUAGAAACAUCAGUUUCUCAGUCUCAAGCAGAACACAAUGUUAGCCGAUUAAUUGCAGGUGGCUACUUAGGCAGGGAUAAGACAAAUAUGCUUGGAGAAAAAAGCUUCAAUAAGCAUAUAUACUACAAUAUUUCGAGAUGCAGGUAUCAGGAGGUAGAAAAGAACUGAUGCAAAGAGCAAUCCAAAGAUAUAUAGGUGCCUUUGCUGACUAUAUCUGUUUGCAUCACACGCCUUUGCUGGUGGGGAACGAGUUUCACAACUGUUGCCUCUUCAUAUCCAAAUCUGUGAAACUUUACCAUUGUAAAUGUAAACAUUUUUGUCCUUCAGAAUAUAUAAUUUUGGAAAUCGAAAGUCC